ACGUACGGAACUCGAGCACGAGGCAGAUUACUUCCACAGUCGGGAGUUUGAGGAAGACCACGUACCACCACCUCGCGAUACCGGCAAGGCUCGUGCCGUGUCUGUUAGUAGCAGUAGUCGGAUCAUACAGGCCCCCCACCACGUUGGAUACAACAGACAGAAGUUUUGAGCGCCCAAAGCUUUCUCCUACCAUCGACGAACUAGACGACAUGCCUAGAUCUGCUCGUUCACCUACCGAUGCUCAGGACAGCAUCAGACGCGGAAGCCUUCGUCGCAAAGCUAGCAUUUCUACUAGACAAAUUCCCGGAAUUCUGGGUUCCUUCUAUCACGCCUGAACAGGAUGCUCAGAUGUCUCGUACGUACAGUCUUGCGCGUCGUGGGAGCACCGCGAGCACCUCUUCCUAUCGGGCACCAUCUGUGCUCAACAUCCCGUUUUCAUCCGAACCGCACGACAUGAUACCCAGUGCGAUAGAGAGCAAUAGAGAACGUAUGUCGGAAAGGGAUAGAGAGCGUAUAUCAUCUAUGGAUCUGGAAUGGAUCCCUAUGGAUAGAGCGAAAGAUAGAGAGCGAACGACAUCGUACACUUAUGCUGAAGCUCGAGCUGGCAUCACAACUACUCCUCAGAGGCUAGACGACCGUUAUCCACCGCCCUUAUCCUCAGUCGCACCCAUCUUAAGCUCCGCAAUCCCGUAUUCUCGCUCCAUAGAGAGCCCAAGCUCCACAGUCCCCAUCACAUACACCCGCCCUGCAGACAGCCCAAGUUCCAUUGCAUACACCCGCCCUUCAGACAGCCCAAGUUCCACCGUAUACACCCGCUCAGACAACACCCGUCCCCCACCCUCAGCCAGCAGACCCAUCGCAACAAAGAAAUCCCUCACGUUUGAUGACGGCGGGUUCCAGUCCAGCCCAAGUCCCAAAGGCUGGACCGGCCCCUCCCGCUCGCCCUACGACACCCGCUACGAAACCUCACGCUCUCCCCCAAACCCCAGAAGAAAUCCCACGGAGUUGGCAAUCUUCCAACUUGGGUUUGCGCGCGAGGGUGUCGUCUCAGGAUAUGCGCUAUGGGUAUAAUAAUGCGGGCGAGAGUGGGUAUUAUUCUGCGAGGCCUGUUCAUACGCAUCAUGAGGUGGAGUAUGAGCAUGAUGUCGAUCUUGAUGUUGAUUGGCGGGAGUAUGAUGAGCGUCAUAUGCGGCAGAGGGAGGAUAGCGUUAGUUUGAGGAGGAGGGAGGAGGAGGUUGCUCGGCGUGAGCAGGAGCUGAGGAGGAGGGAGGAGGAUGCGAGACGGGAGGAGGAGGCUAAGCUGAAGGAGGAGGAGCUUAAGCGCAAGGAGGAGGAAACUAAACGCAAGGAGGAAGAAACUACACGCAAGGAGGAGGAAACUAGGCGGAGGGAGGAUGAAAUCAGACGCAAGGAGGUGGAAGCUAGGCGGAGGCAGGAAGAGGCCGAUCGCAAAGAGCUCGAGGUCCGGAGAAUGGAGGA